CUCUUCAUCCCUUCAUCUCUUUGUCUCUUCAUCGUCACAUCUCUUCACCAUUGAACUGCCAUGGCUUCCUCCAGCCGACAGCAGGACCGCCGGCAUCCACGAAACUCCGGCUCGGGUCCGGCAGAGCUAAACCAUCGAAGGGUACCUCCUGGAGCUGUACCAAAUGGAACUGUACCACCAGGAGCCACUCGAUCUCCAAGCGCUACGUCGUCACAUGCAAACAACUGCAGCCAAAGAACUCUUGAUGCAUUGCUGAGUGCUCCUGAAAGAGAAUCCCAGCCACACCUGCACCCAAGGAAGCUUAAUGGAGCUUUAUGGUUUGGUGUUGACCCCUCUGUCUACAAAUUCGUUCGCACAACAUGGCAAAGCAAUUUCAUGGGACCAUGGAAGAACUGGUCAGAUGUUCCUGCCCAUAGCAACACUACUACUGGGAAGCUCGUUUUCAUGACACAGUCUACUCAAAAGAAGAGCAAGUCAGCUGCUGGGAGCCGCAUGUAUGAUCCUCUUAAUAAAGGGAUUCACAAGCAUUGUGCAGGCCCUCGAGCAUUUGCACAGAUUGAGUAUCAAAUGAUGGUUGAGUCUCGUUUGGAUGAACCACCUCCCUUCACAGACCUUGUGAGGAGGACUCACACGCGUAAAGAUGGUACUUUCAUUGACCCUCGUUCGGAGUCUCUUGUACUCGAAGUAGAAGAAACAGCUAAACAGGCUAUGGAAGAGGAUGAUUCUCUCAAUGACCAGACGGCCUCAUCUGGUGGUGUUCCUUCUCGAAUUGUGCUGAACAAAGAAUAUAUCAAGCGUGGUAAGUCUAAAAGAGGGUAUAUCUACGGAUUAGGCAGUGUACAAUACCGGGAAAUCAAUCCAUCCGAGAAAUUUGCUGUUGUUAUGUCUCGCAACCUUGACAAUGAGAUGCACAUAUAUGGUGAAUGAACAGGCAAGUAAAUAGAUGAAUCAAAU